CAGAGAAGCCCUUUUUAAAGUGACAGGAAGAGCUCAGGAGGGCUGGGUGGUGCAGGGUAACCUUUCUUUUCAACCCGGGUAACUUGGGACUUUUGCAAAAAAAUUCUUGAAGCGAUAAAAAAAAGAUUUACCCAGUGUGUAUCAGUGUAUAUACGUUUGAGCGUCUAUUUUUUUUCUUGUUGUUGAAGAAGAGAGAUAGAAAAGAAGAAUGAUUUCAUACACGACGUGGGUGCCGCGCGGUUUCGCCGCCGAGUUCCCGAAUCAGUACCAGUUGGACGAGGAAGAGAUUGAUCGGAUAUCGAAGCUCGCGCAGUUACGGCUCGACGACGCGCUCGAGGAUUAUGAGGGUGCGCUCGCGGACGGGGCUACGAACGGAGAUAGCGAGGAUGAUGAGCUUGAGGGGAUGAAGGUUGAUGGUGAGGAGGUGGAGGAGGAGGAGGAGGAUGUUGAGGUUGAGGUGGAUGAGGAGGCUGAUGAGGAGAUCAAGAAUGAGAUUGCUGCUGAUGCUGUCAAGCAAGACGUUGAGAUCACAGACGAUCUCAGAGAAUACGAUCUCGAGAACUACGACGCUGAGCCCGAGGCCGACGCAUCGCUGAGCAUGUUUUCCAACAUCAAAUCGCUCGCAUACUACAAAUCCAACGACGAAGACCCGUACAUUGUGCUGCCCAAGAAAGACGGCGCCGUGGUCGACGACAUCGAAGAAGAAGAGCGCGAGGAGCUGCAGAUCCUCGACUCUGAUAACCUGCUCCUGGUCGCCAAGACGGAAGACAAUCUUUCGCACAUGGAGGUCUACGUCUACGACCAGUCCGAAGCGAACCUGUACGUGCACCACGAUAUCCUGCUUCCCAGCUUCCCGCUCUGCGUCGAGUGGCUCAACGUCCGCGUCGGACGGACGCGCACGGAGGAAAACCAGCAGGGCAGUUUUGCGGCGAUCGGAACGUUUGAGCCGAAUAUCGAGAUCUGGAACCUCGACGUCAUCGACGAGAUGUAUCCCGAUGCCAUCCUCGGCAACCUCGAGGCCGACAACCAGGCCGCUGCCGCGAGCGACGACGAGGACGAGAAGCCAAAGAAGAAGGACAAGAAGCACAAGAAGAAGAAAGCAAAGAAACCCAAGAAACCGGUUGCGAACGACAAAUACCACGUCGACGCGAUCCUCGCGCUUUCGGCAAACAAGCAGCACCGCAACAUCCUCGCCUCGGGCUCGGCAGACAAGACCAUCAAGCUCUGGGACCUCAACACGCUCACCUGCGCGCGCAGCUACUCCUUCCACGACGACAAGGUCUGCUCGCUGUCCUGGCACCCGACCGAGGGCCCUGUUUUGCUCACGGGAUCGUACGACCGGACCGUGAUUGCGAGCGACAUGCGCGUGCCGGACGAGUUUCGCCGGUGGGGCGUCGACGCCGACGUCUCGGGCGUGCGAUGGGACCCGCACGACAGCAGCCGGUUCUACGUCGCGACCGAGAGCGGCCGCGUGCACUGCUUCGACGCGCGCACCGCCCCCGCCGUCGCGUCGCCGCACAAGGCAAAGCCGCUGUGGACGCUGCAGGCGCACGAUAGCGAAGUCACCGCUUUCGACGUCAACGCAAACGUCAGCGGCCUCUUCGUCACCGGCUCGACCGAUCACCAGGUCAAGGUCUGGAACGUGUCCGAGACCGGGCCGUCGCUGUUCUCGAGCCGCGACAUGGGCGUCGGGAAAGUGUUUUCCGUGUCCUGGCUGCCUGACAAGCCCGCGGCGCGAACUGUCGCUGUCGGAGGCAGCAACGGCGUCGUGCAGGUGUGGGAUACAAAGACGAACGACGCGGUGCGCGUCGCGGCCGAGGACUUUGAGGACGAGGACGAGGAUGACGAGGAGUAAUUUAUGUUGUUCUCUUAGCAUAUCGACUGUUUUACGCGUUCUUGUUUCUGUUGAGUUUUUUUGGGAUUGUACCAUUAUGUUUGUGCUCUGUGCUGAUUAUCUAAAAGUUUCCCAUUGGUUUUAGUUUCGUAUAUAUGCAUUUCUACCACU